UUUAUUCUCGAAAUGCAAGUUUUAAAAAAAAUCCUCUCCCUCUCAUUUCUUUUCUGGGGCCUGGCCCUAAUACUCCUCCGUAGCUUUCUCCUCUAUGUGGAAAAAUAAAUAAACUAACAAGCGAUAGGUGUGGGAAGAUUUUGUGGAUUCUCUUCGGGGCUUUUGUUGUCUUCCUCACACCGAUCCAUGAACUAUUCUAAUUGCAUGUUAAGUCCCUUUGUCGGCUCGCAGGUAGGGGAUGACCUGCGAUCGAGGUCGCACCUAAACCCAUUGUCCCGACCUGUUCGCUCGCCUCCUCACGCUUGUCAUGUCAUGGGCCUCGCUUUGACUCAGCAGUCCGUUUUAGCGAGUUACACUGUGGGACCUUCGGAGGAUUUGUAGAUUAAAGGAAGAAGAUACAGAGUACAGCCAUUCUUCCACGCAGAGGAAUGUCUCAAGAGAUAAAGAUAAUUCCAUCCUCUUGUCGCUAUCUUGUACCUGUUAUCUCUCUGGGGGGACAAUCAUCCUCCAUUUGGCCACUUCUCUCUCCUGUAAACGACUGACAUCCUCACAGCAAACAGGGCAAACUCGGAGACCUGUCAGAGCAGGACCGACACCUGCAUUGUGCCGGAGCUGCCAAAAGAGGAAGAGAAUGAAAAGGAGUUCUGCGGCGCGGACCAAAGCUCGCCGCCCUGAGCUGUUUGUGUUGUGAGAUGUAGACCACUGAUGCCAUAAGCCUCCUUCUCUUUGCACUCUAGUCGGCCCAUUGUUGCCCUUGUACAAAUUUGCUUUAGGCUCUGUGGACCCCACCCAAAUGAAUUCCUCCUCCCCCCCCCGCCCACCGCCACCUUUACCACUUUUAAAAAUCUGUGGCUACCCCCAGAAUGUCUCUCCCUUUACAUCUCGGCCAACGAUUAUUCGCUAUAUCUGCAAGGAUUUGACAAUAUACUGCAGAUAUGGAUUGUCAAGGGACAACACAUCGCUAUGAGACUCAGGGGAAGGAAACUGGCUAAUCAAUUAAUCAUUUGUUCUACGUAAAAUGUCAGAAGAGUAAAAAAGUAACAUCUUCAAAUGUCUUGUUAUUGUUUGAUCACUAAUAUGACAAGCAGAAGCAGAAAAUCUGAGCCAAUCCAGCUCAAAAUGAGAAGAAUUACUUUCACAUUCUUUUCCUUGAACAGAAAAAAAAAAAAAAGACAAACAAUUAUUUGAUCAUCCAAAUUGUUGCCAAUUAUUUUCUGUAAUCUGCAUAAUUGACUAAUCGUUUGGUCCGUAGCCGGCAGCCUUUCCUCCAGGAACACGACUAAUGACUCCGACGCUGCAUUUAAAACAAACGACAGAAUUCACACCGGUGAAAGAAGAGAAAACACUUUGGAGGUAUAUAUAAGACUGAUGCUAAUCUAAAUUAAAAAGGGAACAUAGACAAACACCUCGAGGAGAUGAAGGAGAUCAAUCUCUCCCCCCCCCCCAUAACAUUUUAAUGACGGGGGGAGUUUUUACUUUUUUAACUUCACACUCAAGGUCACGGCCGACAAAUUCAAAAGAUGGAGGUGGUUUAUGUCGUAUCAAAGUUCUGCAAGUGAGAGGAGAACUUUUCAUCAGCAGUCAUGGGAGGAGUGUAAAACUUUUAAUACUGCAUGGUAAAAAUAUUCCAAUAUACCCUUCAAAAUAUUCCUGACUCUAACCCUACAAGUAACAGUCCUGCAUUCGAGUUCGAACCGAGGUACCAGCAGCAUAAAGUAACUAAAGUCGUCAGUGGAUGAUCAUAACUAACAUAGGAAUGUGUGCCUAUAGAAUCUAUAACUAUUACACAAUGAUCACGGCUUGUAUCUCUCCAGUAAAGCACGUACCAUAAAAUAGUACUUAGGUGAAUGUACUUUUGUGAUAUUCCACCACGUUCCAUACGUUUCUUCUUAUCAGUAAAUAACGAACUAGUGUUUAAUUGUAGAAAUAGUUUGAAUCUGCACAACUUUUAUGUGUUUAUCCAGAGAGACCAAAUUCAUUUUUAUUAACUUAUGACAUUCCCAGAUCUAGCUAUUGAUUUUUUUUAUGUCUUUGUGUCUCAUCCACUGUUCUUCAGCUUACACACAGAUGCAUUAAAGUACAUUAACUCAACUUGUGAGUGUGUGAGUGUGUGACCACUCAAAAACAGAACUGAACAUUAUAACUUUCAUGAAGGUAGACUUUUUUUGAGCUGAGCACAAAUUUUACUAUGGCAAGACUUUACACUCCAUAAAUGUCUUUAUUAUUUCCAUGGUCAUUAUAUUUGCAUGCUUUCAAAUUAUUAUGAAAAUUACGCAUAAACAUCUUAACUACUCAUCCAAAGCAAACUAAGCAACAUCUCAAAGUAUUGAAGCCGCGUGAAAGUAGACAAAAACAGUGAGUUAUGCAGCAUUUUUAAACGUGGAGUUGGGUUUGGCACAAAAUUCAACCAGAGAAGGAAAAAAUUAAUCAAAACUGAUGGAUUGUCGUUUACAAAUGAGAAGAUGAACAUCAUUGUUGUAUUUUAAGAACUGCAUGUUUUGACACUAUACUCAUUAAUAACCCCCCCGCACCCACACACCCACACCAUUAUCUCUGAAGAAAAAACUCCUCGGCUAUCACCACCUACACAAAACAACACAACACUGCCCCCUCCCCCCCUCUCUUCAUGCUGAGGAUAUAAUAAUCAAAAUGAUGCCUGAGAACAGAGGGCGAGCUCCUUUGAACACAAACACCACUGAGCUUAACUGUGGCUCUUUUGAAGGACAUGAAGGAGGGGGGGGGACAGUGGAAUAAGAAGUGUAAUCUUCCCCUCUUAUCUUCAACCCCCCCCCCGCCCCCACACACACCCACACACACAAACAUACACACUCGCACACACACACACACACACACACACACACAUUAGCAUCUGUUAUCUCACAAUUAUCAUAUACAUUAGUCAACACCUGUUUCACUUAACCUCGUUUAAUUAGGGCCAUUGAAACGUCGCCCCUCACUCAAAACAGAGCCAUCCGACAUGUAAAAAGGCCAGUUUGUUAUGGUGCGUUCAAUAAAUUAGCAAAUGAAAAAAAAGAUACAACAACUCUUACAUGCUUUAUACAUUUCAUUAAAUAUGUAAUGAAAUGAGUAAUGGGAAUGGCGCAAUGGUCACUUUUACGCGUGCGUAAAAACCGAGCGUGUCAUUUGUUUAUUAGCGUCAUUUAACGCCCUUUCACGUUGUUAAUUCAAUUCACCACGGUGCAGAUGUUGUAGUCGGUGAUGAGGUAUCACAAGCGACAGCAGAGACUGGCGGGAUGUUGUUAACUGAAUUCAGGUCCUUUUUUCUAAUCUCUCCGCUUAAUUAGUGCCAGACAUGAGAAGUGUUUUGAAAAAAAGUCACACCAAACUGGUUUCAGAGUCUUUGUAAGUGAAACCAAAUCAAAUUGCAAACUGUAAAAAACAACAACAACAUAUAAACGAUGCCUGGUAUUGUUAUCUAACAUUUUGCAAAGUUUCAAUUUGCAGUUGAUGGGCCUUUAAAUGCAAAAUACACUUGUAUAUUGUGCUUUCAUGAUAAUAAUUAAAACCCAAAGAGUACGUUUUUUCUAUGACAAAAAAAUAUGACAGUGUUUUUGUUGCGCGGAGCUGAAGGUCGAGUCUGUGACUCGUUAUUCAACUCCGCGGGAGAAAGGGCUGCGUUUGCAUUGCAAACUUCAGCUUCUCACCAGAAAUCCACUGUGUUGCGAUAAGUCGCACAUAUUUAGCCUCUCCGCGAAGAAAAAGCGCUAAAAGGAACAGCGGAGGGGCUUCUUUGAUGGGAUUUGUUGCCAGUGAAAGCUGUGGGUCUUUUGAACGUAGCUGUCAGUCAAUACCAGAGGGACAUCCCCCCCCUCCCCUCUCUCUUUCUCUCUCUCUCUCUCUCUCUCCCCCUCCUCCCCCUGCACACACACACACACACACACGCUGGCAGCUGCGUGUAUAUAAAUAGAUCCGGGAGGAGGCUUGGGGUUGCCACUCACUCAAACCUGAAUAGCCGGGACGCAGGAAAGAUGCCCGCAUCGCAAACUGGAUUUGGCAACUUCUUCCUGGAGCGGAGCAUCAGCAUGCCGACUGGAUAUCAGCUGCCGGUGCUGGGUGUGCAGCAGCAGCAGCAGCAGCAGGCUCAGCAGCUGGCCGCGAUGGCGGCCGGGGUUCCCAUAGCGUACUCCGGACUACAGGGAUACAACUUCAUCCCGUAUCCGCACCACAGGCACAUUGCGCACAUGACCAACGGUUUCGACUUGAAGGCCGCCUCUCCCUACCACCACGCGCUCCUGGCUCGCGGGGGGCCCUUCUACCCGCCCUACCGUCCGGGAGCGACCGAGGACCCCGGCAGGGUCACCAAGGUGGCCACGCGUGAGAGCACCGGGGCGCUCAAGGCCUGGCUGAACGAGCACCUGAAGAACCCGUACCCCACCAAGGGCGAGAAAAUCAUGCUCGCCAUCAUCACCAAAAUGAGCCUCACGCAGGUCUCCACUUGGUUCGCCAACGCACGGCGACGCCUGAAGAAGGAGAACCGGGUCAGCUGGGCGUCCAAGGGGAAAUCAGACGAGGAGGAGGAGGAGGACGAGGAGCAGGAGGAGGAGGACGAGAGCGACGACGACAGUCCGCUGCAGAAAUGUCCGGUGGAUCAUGAGCGGGACGAGGCCGAGCCUCAAACCGACCGCGCGGACACCGACGAGCACGUCCAGGGCGCGUUGGAAAGCUCCGCACCUGUGGACGCGCGUCUGGAGACGCCGCAGCGGGAACAGGACAGCGAGCGCGCACUUGUUAAGAAAGUUGAAAAGAGCGACUCUGAUCACACGCCGUCCGGCUUGGAGAGUAAAGAGAUCAUCUCCAGCCAGAAACCCAAAAUCUGGUCUUUGGCGGAAACCGCCACCUCGGACACUCACGUGAGGAAACCCCUGGACAGUAUUUACCACCCGGCGGGGAAACUGUGGGCCGACUGGGCCUCACGAACCGGACUGUUCGUGCCCUCGUGUUACAUCACCCAUGAGAUCGUCUGAACGGGGCAUUUGGACAGAAACUAAUACAGACAUUCUUUUCCCCUCAUCUAAUGCACUUUAAUCUUCCAGACCUCAGGGACUUUUCCUGAAGUUUGCAAUGAAAUGAAUACAAAAAUCUGUUUUGAGACCAAAGACAAACACGCUGUGUUAUACUGUAAAUAAAUGUAGAUGUAUCCCCCCCCCCUCUCUCCCUCUCUCUCUUCACCAGCGACCUGUAAAUUAUGUUCCCUUUUGUCUAAUCAUGAAGAAAAUAUUUUUGCGUAAAAUAAAGUCCUGCAGCAUCUGCUGAUA